AUCGUGUAGAUCCCGUUGACCGGUUUGCCUCUGAAUUCACGAGGGGAAGCGUUCACACGAGACAGCAUUAAGUGUAAAACGAUCCACUUCAAACCGAAAAAGACACAUCUGCGUUAGCUUCCCGGCUCGUCCUAUCUGUUAUUUCACUCUGCAGCAAUGAACAUCUUCAGACUGAUAGGGGACCUCUCUCAUUUGGCUGCUAUCAUCAUCCUGCUACUCAAAAUAUGGAAAAGCAGGUCGUGUGCAGGUAUCUCUGGAAAGAGCCAAAUCCUUUUUGCCAUAGUGUUCACCACACGUUACUUGGAUCUGCUCUCUUCAUUCAUCUCCCUCUAUAACACAUGCAUGAAGGUGAUCUACAUCGGUUGUGCAUAUGCCACAGUCUACCUGAUCUACGUGAAGUUCAGGGCCACCUAUGAUGGCAACCAUGACAGUUUCAGAGUGGAGUUCCUGGUUGUUCCUGUUGGAGGUCUCGCUGUUCUCAUCAACCACGACUUCUCUUUCCUAGAAAUCCUGUGGACGUUCUCCAUCUACCUGGAGUCGGUAGCAAUCCUGCCUCAGCUCUUCAUGAUCACCAGGACUGGCGAGGCCGAGACGAUCACCACCCACUACCUGUUCUGCCUGGGCCUGUAUAGAGCCCUCUAUCUCUUCAACUGGAUCUGGCGUUUCUACUUUGAAGGCUUCUUUGACAUGAUUGCCAUCGUGGCCGGCGUGGUCCAGACUAUCCUCUACUGUGACUUCUUCUACCUUUAUGUCACCAAAGUGUUGAAAGGCAAGAAGCUGAGCCUGCCGGCGUAAAAAGACCAGGAGACGGCGACUCCCAGCAGACUCAGGGGGUGUGGAGAUGACAUCAUGGAAUCUCGUGACCUACAGGAAAAGAUGCCUGAGACAGACAGCCAACUAUCGGGGAAAAACACUAGUCUUCUUAAUGAUUGCUGAUGGAACUGGUAAAUGCCAACAAGCACCAGGGCUGAACAAAGAUCAUCCCAAAUCAACCUUUGGAUUUCUGUGUUCAGCAUCUUGCCUUAAACUUCUUUUCAUUGCUGUUCAAAUAGGAGAAAAGGCUUUUUUUUUUUUCUACAUGUGAGGUGUAUACGCUUAUUUUUUUAUUUUUUUAUAAUGUCACAAAUAGGGUCGACUCUUGAGAAGUACCUUGUUUGGCUUGGUAAUGAAAUGCACAAAUGUACAGUCUUAUUAAAGAGUGAGAUAAAGAGUAAUGUAUCCGAGUGCCUGAUGAGGAUUGUAUCCGGUUUCUCACAGUAUUUUUAUUUUAUUUUUUGUCUAGAUAACCGUAUGCAUAUACUAUAAUACAUGUAUUCUCUCUUGGAGACAUUAAAGGAGGCCAACAACAAAAUCUCAUGCCAACACACGCAUCGAUUUUGCAAAAUCGUUGCUGUACAGAAUUGCUCAAAACAACAUUUUAACUGGUUCCUCUCGUCUAAAAAUCUGAACACUUUUGUAAGCAGAACUCAUAGGUGCAUUUGUAGUUUCAUCUUAAAUUAACGAAUCAAACCAUGAUUACAUUACUUUCAUGCCAGCAGUCUUUUUGUCAUAGAUGCCAGUGCUUUCAAAGCUCAUUUGGAAUUAAAAACUUUUCAUGUGUUCAUUUUAUUAUUAUUUUUAUCUCCGCUUACUGUAUUGAAUGCAUCAGUUGUUCUACAGCUUUAAUAUAGAUUUCAUACAGUCUUAAAACAUCACACUUUGAAUGUAGAUAGAGCACAAACCUUGUUUCUGCCACUAAUUGCGCCCCACUGGCAAACUUCUGAACACCUUCCAGCAGUGACUUGUCAGUUAUGUCAAGGUUGGAAUCAAUAAAGUCAGAGUAAAGCAAUAAUGAACGACUGAAGAACGAUCUCUCGUCUCCUAGUGGGACAGAGAAGCGUGCAGAUAUUUGGCUUGAGAAACCUGCAGCCCUUUGGUUGUGAUAUUUCAGUCGUUCAGUGUGUGUCUGGAGUGUGACCAGAUAAACCGAUUGGACAUUGUGCUGCUCAGUAAUUGAGUCAGGGUGAUCACGGUGUUCACUGAGCGCAUUUCUAUUAAAGUUAAAGGCCUCUUGUUAAUUUCGACUUUUUCAAAUUAGUCAUUCCUAAAGGAUUAUUUCAGCUCUUUGUCAUUUUUUGCAUGAUAUCACCUCCAUUAAAGAUUUUAUGAGAAUCA